UUUCGGCCCCGGCGCGCGCUUGCUCGCAGCCGAGUCGGGAUCAUGGCGGCCACGGCCACGAUGGCGGCCUCGGGGCCGGCGCGGAAGCGGCUGCUCAAAGAGGAGGACAUGACCAAGGUGGAGUUCGAGACCAGCGAGGAGGUGGACGUGACCCCCACUUUCGACACCAUGGGCCUGCGGGAGGACCUGCUGCGCGCCGCCGUCUCUUACCGUCUCUUCGGACCCGCAGGCUUUGAGAAGCCGUCGGCCAUCCAGCAGCGGGCCAUCAAGCAGAUCAUCAAGGGCAGAGACGUCAUCGCGCAGUGAGUCGCGCUGGGGGCGCGCGCGUCUCGCGCGCCGCGGAGUGUGCGGCAGCCCCCCGACGCAUUGCUUUACCAGGUUCGGGAGACCCAAGCUCUGAUCCUGGCGCCCACGCGGGAGCUGGCCGUGCAGAUCCAGAAGGGCCUGCUGGCUCUGGGCGACUACAUGAACGUGCAGUGCCACGCCUGCAUCGGGGGCACCAACGUGGGUGAGGACAUCCGCAAGCUGGACUACGGACAGCACGUCGUGGCCGGCACGCCGGGCCGCGUCUUCGAUAUGAUUCGGCGCCGGAGCCUGAGGACACGAGCCAUCAAGAUGCUGGUUUUGGACGAGGCUGAUGAAAUGCUGAACAAAGGCUUCAAAGAGCAGAUUUACGACGUGUACAGGUACCUGCCGCCCGCCACGCAGGUGGUUCUCAUCAGCGCCACGCUGCCGCACGAGAUCCUGGAGAUGACCAACAAGUUCAUGACCGACCCCAUCCGCAUCCUGGUGAAGCGCGACGAGUUGACCCUGGAAGGCAUCAAGCAGUUUUUCGUGGCGGUGGAGAGGGAGGAGUGGAAGUUCGACACCCUGUGCGACCUCUACGACACGCUGACCAUCACGCAGGCGGUCAUCUUCUGCAACACCAAGAGGAAGGUCGACUGGCUGACGGAGAAGAUGAGAGAGGCCAACUUCACCGUCUCGUCCAUGCACGGGGACAUGCCGCAGAAGGAGCGCGAGUCCAUCAUGAAGGAGUUCCGCUCGGGCGCCAGGUGGGCCCCUCCGCCCGGGCCUCCCGGGUGCUGGCACUGGGUCCGCUGGCUGCGGCCCCCCCAGGCGGCCCUCGGCGACCACCGCAUCUGGGUCCUCUGCGGAGGCGCUGGCCGAUCGCCACUGGUGGUUACAUGCGGCUCGGUGGAACCGGCUGCCACAGGAGUGUCCAGCCUGGGCUCUGCGUCCCGCCCACGUCGCCGCACGUCAUCCCCGAGCGCCUCCCCGGGUGUCCACGCGGCCUCUGGUGCUCCUCGCGGCCAGGCUGCCCUGCACUUGGUCCCUGUCCACUGUGGCAACACGGUCACGCGCCAAGAGCCGGCCGCGGGGCAGAGCGCAGCUUUAUUCCUCGCCAGGCACCGCGAGUGGGGGCGCGGCGCCCCCCACAGUGGGGACCAGCACCCCGGGGCGCAGCAGGCGCCCCUCCCGGGAGGGACGUUCCCCGCCACGCUGCCCACACCAGGCACCAGCAUACAGGACGUGUGA